CCUUCUUCUAAUCAAACCGUCGCUAGAAUUAGUAUAGUAAUUAUAAAACUAUUUUUAUUUGUAAGAAAACAGAUACAUACAGUAUCUAAUUUUUAAUUUCAAAUUUUAUGUUCUAUUUUUUAAUUAAUACUGAGCAGCCGGCGUUGCCCGUACUACUUCUUCCAAAUUACUAAUACAUUACCGUCGCCGGAGAGCAAACUUAACGGAGAACGAAACGGCAUCGUCUGAGUCCAUACCUUUGGUGUUCUCCCGCCCAUACAUAUGACAGAUGGUAGAAAGCUUUGUCGUGCUCCACUGCAGCUACCACCUGUUCGAUGAAAUGCCUCAACGAAAAAACACACAUAAUUAUUCAAGGAUGAUUUGUUUUGCUCGUUGUGAAAGUUAAAGUAUUCGUAUGCAUUGAUUUUUUGGAGGAAAUUCUGUAAUGUCUCAGUUCAAAGUUGUGUCAUUUAUGUAUAAGACUUUGAUGAGGAAAUUACAUUCCCAAAAUCGCAUGUUAGCAUCCACAUAUAUUCAUGGGAAUGCCAGCACAAAUGAUACAAAAUAUCUAUUUUCUACAAGGGUAUCAUUUAUCUUGAGCAGAAGUCCAAAAUUAUGUGUACCAUCAUUCCUGUCCUUUCAGCGGUUUUAUAGUACCGAAAUUUCUGCAUUUUCUUCGUUGAAGGAAACAACGGAAAGCUAUAGCAAUGAUCCCGUUGAUAAGGUUUACAAGGUUGUUGUGGAUCACUCUUAUCCAGGGCAUAAGAUGGAGGUAGCUCUGGAUAAGCUUGAAAUAGAAUUAACAACGCCGUUGGUGAUGGAGGUUUUGCAAAAGCUUUGUUAUGAAGAGAAGAUAGCAUUUAGGUUCUUUACGUGGGCAGGACAUCGAGAAAAUUAUAGUCACGAGCCUCAGGCGUAUAAUGAGAUGAUUGAUAUAUUGUCUAGUACAAAAUAUAAGGUGAAGCAGUUUCGUGUUGUUUGUGAUCUUCUAGACUACAUGAAGAGAAAUGAUAAGAGUUUAGUUCCGUUAGAAGUGUUGUUGAAAAUUCUUAGACAGUAUACUGAAAAGCAUUUGACACAUCUUCAUAAAUUUGCUAAGAAGAAGAAGAUACGAGUGAAGACACAACCUGAAGUAUAUGCCUUUAAUUUGUUGUUGGAUGCUUUGUGUAAGUGCUGCCUUGUGGAGGAAGCCGAGGCUAUGUUUGAGCGGGUGAAGAGUAAGGUUAAGCCAACUGCUGAUACUUAUAACAUUCUUUUCUUCGGUUGGUGCCGUGUUAGAAAUCCAGAUAGAGCUAUGAGCAUUCUUGAACAGAUGAUCAGCAUAGGACAUACACCCGAUAAUUUCACCUAUAAUACUGCCAUUGAGACAUUUUGCACCGCAGGAAUGGUGAUGCAGGCUGCUGGCCUUCUCGAGUUCAUGAGAACUAAAGGUUCAACCAUGUCUUCACCCACUGCAAAAACAUAUACUAUUAUGAUUGUGGCUCUUGUUCAGAAUGAUAUGAUGGUAGAAUGUUUUAAAGUUCUCGGAGAUAUGAUAAAUAGCGGAUGUGUUCCUGAUGUUUCAACAUACAAGGAAUUGAUUGAAGGAAUGUGUUUGGCUGGAAAGACCGAGGCAGCUUAUAAGCUUUUGGAAGAAAUGGGAAACAAGGGCUACCCUGCUGAUAUAGUUACCUACAACUGUUUUCUUAAGGUCCUUUGUGACAGCAAAGAGAGAGACGAAGCGCUCAGGCUUUAUCAGAAAAUGACGGAAGUAGGCUGUGUUCCAAGUGUACAGACCUAUAAUAUGCUAAUGGUGAUGUUCUUUAGAAUGGGUGACGUCAAUGGAGCCUUUGAAACCUGGCACGAGAUGUCUAAGAGGGGUUGUGCGCGUGUUACAGAAACAUAUUGUGUGAUGAUCGAAGGGCUUUUUGAUAACAAUGCUACCGAAGAGGCAUGUUUCCUUUUGGAAGAAGCUGUGAACAGGGGUAUGAAGCUACCAUACCGGAAAUUUGACUCAUUUUUAACGCGGCUUUCAGCUAUUGGUGAUCUACGAGCCAUUCACAAAUUGUCAGAACACAUGAGAACAUUCUACAACCCUGCUAUGGCACGACGUUUUGCCAUCAAUCAGAAGCGGAAGAGCAUGAACUUAAGAGGAAAGUGAAAAUAACUUAUGUUGUCUAAGUGGCACAACGUUUGGAUGGUGUGUUUCUUUGUAUGCAUUUUGUUGUGUAUGCAACAAAUAUUUGGCACUUAUGAUCUCUUUGACUGAGUGUAGAUUUUAUCUUCCAAAUGGUUCUGAAAACUAAUUUGGAGUGAAGUUAAUAAUGCUUUUUCUACAGUUGUUGUUGUCUUGUCUAGUAUAAAUAAAAAUGGUCCUAUUUUAGUAUAAGGUUCACUUAAGUUCAUGAGAAAUGUUACUUGAUAUACAUAUUGAAGAUCACAUUUUAAAUAUGGUUAAUUAAAGUGUACCACAGUUAGUUGUCCAUUAAUUAGUCAAGCAUCUGAUUAGUUGAGUUUGUUAGAGUUAGUUUGUAGUUAGUUAGAUUCUUUCCAAGUGGGAUACAGCUGUCACAGUCACCGAAUUGUAUAUAUAUAUAUUACAGUGCUCAGUGAAUAAACGUGUGAGUUCAUAUUUUCUCAAAAUAUCUUUUUUGUAAUUUCUCUGUGAGUUCCUUUCUUCUUCAACUGCCAGUUAUGGCAUUUUGUGUUCUCUGUGUUCUCACCAUUGAUGAGUUUUAAUAUGGUAUCAGAGCGAGGAUUGUUUAUACAGCUUCUUUGCCUUUAAUUCUUUCUGAAGAAUAUCGUUCAUUGGUUUUCUGUUUCCCUUCAACGUUACAAUCGAUUCAUAUAAAUCAAUUUGUUCUUAGCUUGUUUUUCAGUAGGAAUUAAACAUAGAUCUAGUUCAAUUCUCAAAUACUCAAAUUAAAUUUUGCGAUGGCGAUUGGUGAAGAAAACUCUAUUGCUGUUGAGGGAGUCAACACUACUGCUAUUGACACUAGCAGUGCUUUGUAUGUGCAUCCAUCUGAUAGUCCAGGAAUGAUGCUCGUUCCUACACAAUUCGAUGGAACAGGAUAUCGAUCUUGGAAGAGAGGAGUCAUGCGAGCUCUUUCAGUGAAAAACAAGUUGGGCUUCAUCGAUGGAAAUUGUAAGAAGCCAGUUGCAAAUUCACCUCAAUCUCGACAAUGGCAAAGGUGUGAUGAUAUGGUAACGUCAUGGAUUUUGAAGAAUUUGAUUAAGGAAAUAUCAGAUAGUGUGGAGUAUGUUAGUGAUUCUGUGGAGCUUUGGAAAGAGUUGGAGGAUAGAUAUGAUCAGACUAAUGGGGCGAAAUUGUAUCAGAUACAAAAGGAAAUUAAUGAUCUCAUUCAAGGAGUAUUGGACAUCUCUGUCUAUUACACAAGGAUGAAGAAGCGGUGGGAAGAAUUGAGCACUCUAAAUCUGAGAAAUCAAUGAAGUUAUGUGUGCAUCUGUGGUGCUAAAGAUAGCUUGCAUAAGGUAGAACGAGAUAGACGCUUAAUUCAGUUUCUCAUGGGUUUAAAUGAAGUAUAUACAAUGGUAAGGGGUAACAUUCUCAUGAUGAACCCACUCCCUUCCAUAGUACAAGCCUUUUCCUUACUAAUCCAGGAAGAAAAGCAAAGGGAAUUCAAGCCUACUGGUAGAAUGCCUAUGGAUUCAACAUCUUUGAAUGUGAAUAAUCUCAACAACAAUAGCAAGGGUUCAACAGGAAGAACCUUCAGAACAAAUUAUCAAGUCAACAGUUAUGCAGGAAGCAGCAACAACUCAGGAGGAAAUAACAACUACACAGGUAACAACUACUACUCAGGAAGUAGCAGUGGUAGAAUUGCCAUGUUCUGUGAUUUUUGCAAAAGAUCAGGUCAUAUCAGGGAUAAAUGUUAUAAGUUGCAUGGAUAUCCACAAAACAACAAUCAGAAUUUCAAGCCAAAUACCUACAACAAUGGUCAAAACUACAGACAAAAUAAUCAGAAUUUCAAGGAAAAGAAGGUAGUAGCAAAUGUACAUGGUGUCCCCAAAUGACAUGAUGUCUACUCAUGGAGCAGAGCAGUCACAUAGUAACAAUCACCAAGGUAUUACAAAUGAGCAAUAUGGACAAAUUGUGGACCUCCUCCAACACUUCCAGAUUGAAAAUGUGGGUGAAGAUCAAAACAACUCAAUCACCAAUGCUAGUCCUAUGAAUUUUGCAGGCUCCUUCAGUGAAGAGGCCUCGGGUGAUUGGUAGUAGCAAGGAUGGCCUCUACUUUCUGUGUUCAAGAUGUCUGAAGAAGACUGAUAGUGUCACUACAAAUCCCACAUGUUGUUGUCUUCCUAUUCAUAGUAUACUUUCU